UAAAAAUAGCUAUUUAAUGCAAUUCUGCCAGGGUGUUGUUGAUAGAGUCCUUGUCUUUUCAGUACAGAUAUCGCAACUUUGUCUUCCUGGACUUGUUAUUGAACAGAGCCUUGUGCAAACCAGUACAGCUACUGAAUUUCCUCAAUCCAAGACUCUUUAAUUCAUGAAUAAUGACUUGUUGCGUUGAACAAGACAGUCUGGGUCAAGCCUUUGAAGACGCCUUUGAAGUAUUGACACAACAACCUGCUACUGGAGAAAUUCAAUACCCCCCCGAACCUAAACAUUACGUGACUUUCAUUAACCCUUAUCCUAUCAGCGGUAACUACUACGGAAUGUUACCCACAGAGAACCCCCUCUAUGAUUGGAGAGAUGUCACAAAUGGUUCUUCAGACUUGUAUUUGGAAGGAAGCUGCCAUCAAUCUCUGCAGAACAUGGGGGAAAGCCAUCUGGCACAAGCCCCCUUGUUCCAGCAAAGGGGAGGAAGAGGCAGGAGGAAGCUUCGGCUAUUUGAAUACCUUUUUGAAUCCCUGUGCAAUUCAGAAAUGGUGUCUUGUAUUCAGUGGGUCGACAAAGCCAAAGGCAUCUUCCAGUUUAUAUCAAAAAACAAAGAAACCCUCGCUGAACUCUGGGGGAAAAGAAAAGGCAACCGGAAACCCAUGACUUACCAGAAGAUGGCCAGAGCCUUGAGGAAUUAUGCCAGAACUGGAGAGAUCACAAAAAUCCGGAGAAAACUGACCUACCAGUUCAGCGAAGCUGUUCUUCAAAGACUCGCUUCAUCUCAUCACUUCUUGGGAAAAGAGCUCUUGUACUCUCAAUAUAGCCAGCCUGAGCAGAGCUAUCUCAGUUUAAACCACUGGAAUGCAAAUCACUAUGCUCAUGCCAGUUACCAGAGCUGAUCCCAGAUUCUUGCCGAGCCAAGCUUUACAAUGUUUCCAAAACAUUUUUUCAACUUCCACACCAAUGUGGCAAAAACACUCAGAGAACUCUGCACAGAAGAAAGAACAUGUUUGGACUUUGCUUUUUAGGUAGUGUUUACUACAUCUUGGUGUGUUAAAGGGAACCUAGAUGUUUUCAGCAGGGUUGCUUGCUUGCAUUUUCUGCAGAUACUUGGCUAUUUAUAAUAAAUAGGCUUAGUGUCCAUGGAUUGGGUGUCCAAGAACAUACUGGCGCCAGAACGUCUUUUCAGAAAAAUUGGGGGUGGGGGUGGGGGGGAGUAGCACAGCGCCACUUAGAAAUUUUAAAGAAACAAUUGAAUUUGAAGCAACUGAAAGCGUUUGUAGACUGUCUCUUGCUAUGCCAAACACUUUUGUCUAGAUUAUGUCAGCACAGACGAUUUUGUUGCUCGCCGUUUGCUUUGAGGUUUGAGACUGUCAUUGAGUUGGUGAAAUUAGCCGGUAAUUAAUUAGCUGUAAUCCCAGCACUUGGGAGGCAGAGGCAGGCAGAUUUCUGAGUUUGAGGCCAGCCGGGUCUACAGAGUGAGUUCCUGGACAGCCAGGGUUAUACAGAGAAACCGUGUCUUCAAAAACAAAGCAAGCAAACAAACAAACAAAAAAGAGAAAAGAAAGGAAAGGAAAAAGAAAGGAAAGGAAAGAAGAAAAAAGAAAAGAAAGGAAAGAAAGAAAAGAAAGGAAAAAAGGAAAGAAAGAAAAGAAAAGAAAAGAAAAAAAAGAAAAGAAAAAGUUGGUGAAAUUACAAGUGUGUGCCACCAUACCAGGUUUACAUUGAUUCAAAAACAAGCACUCAUCAUGUACCCGGAAGAAAAGUCACUCAACAUGUGCCACAAUACAGAGGUUCUACCAAAAUUCAUGUUCCUGGCUUAAAAUCACAGUGGAAUGUUUUUUGUUUUCUGAAAACUAAUUCAAUCUAACAAUAAAUGUGAGGUGAUCAUUGUGGCUUUAA